GCGUACAUUUGUUUUGAGGAACAACUCGUGAAUAAGAUGAGGCUAUAAUUACUAGCCGACUUUAUCAUUUGCGUUUAACGCACAUAAAGAGAAACACCCUCUUAAACAGCUGAACAGCUCUUCCUAUAUUUUCUAUUCCUCUUAAAGGCGGAGCAUUCCGUUUAAGUUAAAACGUACAGAUUGUUCAAGCGUUCGAUUAGUUUCAAAAAAAGUUUAAAGUGCUGUAUUUGAAGAGAAGCGCGCGCAGGAAGCGGCUCAGCUGUAUUUCUGUUGGCUGAGUGCAGACCCUGCCCUGAUUGCCUUCUAUCCAUGUGUAUUGACGUGUAGAGAGCAGAUGGAGGCAGAGGGACUGAUCUGAUCUGAUCUCUAGUCCUCAGAGGUCAUUCUCGCUACAGUUACAGCCACUUGUUGCCAAAUCGCUGAGAGACCGCGAGCGCGUCGCAAAGCCGUUUUUAUAAAGAGCUAUUUCGUUGCUUUCACGACACACAUCUAGAUGUUAAGAAGGGAAUACAACUACUUCUGACUUUGUUUGGGGAAAAAGGUCACUUUUGAGCAAAUCCUUCGCAUUUGACGGAAGAAGCAUGGUUGACAACACAAGCAUAGCAACUAAAUCUGCACUGCAAGCCGCUUUCUCGUCGGCGAGCACCCUUCCUCUGCUGGUCAGCUCCUCCGGCGCUCACAGCAACUCGAGCGGCGGCAGCGGGAUGAAGCUGGAGGCGGUCAUGGAGAACCUACAGCGACAACAGGCGGCUCGACUCGCUCUGGAGGAGAAACUCCGCCACGCCGAAAAGGAAAAAGACAUCAGGUCUAUGGUGGAGUCGCAAAUUCAUCAGCAAGCUAUCGCUUUCCGCCACUAUCAAGCAGCGGUGAGGGGAGCGUUCGCAUCGGGAGCCCCGAACUCGAGCUCCGGCCACCCACACGAGCGCACAGCCGACUCCGACAUCGACGAUGAUGAUGACGACCCAGACCUGGACCGCGGCAUGGAUGAUGAAGACCGCGACUUGGAGGAAGAUGACAGUAUGAACGAGGCUGGAGGGGACGACGAUUUGGAAGGACCCCUCGCUCACUACCCACCGCGCCUUGCUGUUUAUCCCGGUGCCGGGCAGUCUCCAAAAAGUACCCCUAUACAUCUGUCCAGAGUCCAGCCAACCUAUCCAGCUCCAAGGCAGGCUGAAUCGCCGAGUGGUCUGGCAUCACAAGCACAAUCGCAGCACCACGAAUGGACUUAUGAGGAGCAGUUCAAACAGCUGUACGAACUGGACGAUGAUGAGAAAAGAAAGGAGUUUCUCGACGAUCUCUUCAGUUUCAUGCAAAAAAGAGGGACUCCAGUGAAUCGGAUUCCUAUCAUGGCCAAGCAGGUGUUGGAUCUCUACACUCUCUACAAGCUUGUCACCGAAAAAGGCGGCUUAGUGGAAGUCAUCAAUAAGAAAAUAUGGCGCGAGAUUACCAAAGGCCUGAACCUGCCUACCUCCAUCACCAGUGCGGCUUUCACCCUCCGAACACAGUAUAUGAAGUACCUCUAUCCUUAUGAAUGUGAAAAGCGGGGACUGAGCUCUCCCGGGGAGCUUCAGGCAGCUAUCGACAGCAACCGGCGCGAAGGCCGGAGACAGAGUUAUGGCUCCACCCUCUUUAACUACUCCCCCGUGGGCACCCCCACCCUGCUGGCUUCCCCAAAACUCCAGAUGCCCCACAUCAGCAUGCCCACUCCCAACGGCGGGCACAUGACUCAGACUGUCAUCAAGAAAGAGGACUCGCUGCUGUCCAGCUGCCUGACUAACAGGAUGGGCAUCCCUGUGUCUCUGGCCAGCCACCACAACGCAGCUCAGGCUGCAGCUGCAGCAGCCGUGCAGGCGGCCGCACUGGAGCAGCUGCGCGAGAAGCUGGAGUCUGGAGAGCCACCGGAGAAGAAAGUGAUGCUCAUGGCAGAGGAGCAGCAGAGGAUAAUGCAGCAUGCAUUACAGCAGAAUCUCUUCGCCAUGGCUUCCCAGCUACCCAUGAACAUCAAACUGAACAAUAGAGAUGAUAGACAAGAGACUGCAUUGAACCUGUCUACCAACGGCAUUAGCAGCAUCAACAUGUCAAUAGAAAUAAAUGGGGUUGUCUACACAGGGGUCCUGUUUGCCCGUAAGCCAGCCAUAGGUUUCAUGCCAGGCAGCCAGCGAAUCCAUCACCAACACAGCUCUCAGGGAAAGAGCAGCAGCCCAGGGCUCAGCACCCAGAUGCAGCCGUCCUCCUCUUCCUCCUCCACCGCCUCCUCACACGGACCAGCCACCUCCCCUUGAGCCCACAACACCUCACUCAACUCUCCCCCGACGUCAGAUAAGGCAGGGUCUUUAGGUCAUUCUGCUGGACCGCUUUUUUUCUGUCUCCUUCAAUGUACAAUGUACACUUUCUACUGUUUUUCUAACCCUCCCCCUGCAAUCAGGACGGGAGCGUCCAUCACCGAAAAAACUUCCAUUAAAACAAAAGGCCGAGCAGCGCACAUUUGAGGUGUGGGACAUUCACAUAUGCAGCAAGUUGCAGCUUGUAAUCUUGUUCUUCUGAGGAUGCAUUGUUCAGCGUGGAGCGACUAAAACGUACUGCGUGACAAAUGCCACGAACACAAGGAGCGUUGUGUGACUUUCAGAGGAUGGGAUGUUCCUCUUCUUCACUUUCCUACACUGGUCCUGAAGUUUGGGCAUCUCCAUCUUUACCUGUUGCAUUCUUGAAUCAAACAGCAAGAGCUACUCUCAGCUAUUACCAAAGAGAAAAAGUGCGGCAUGUUAGCGGUUCAUUUGAUAAUGUUACAACAAUUCAUCCAGAGUUUUAUCACCACCAUCACACAUAUCUGAUGCCAUUGCAAAUGGUUACCAAAAUGAGUUGAUAUUUUAAUAUCUUGAUUUUAAGCAAACCACAUCCCAUUUAACUUGGGCAUCAAAUAGUCAGGGAGAAUAAGUUAUUUACUGUAUUAAUGCUUAAAUAUAUGUUUGUAAAGAAAAUAUAUCAUUAUCAUAUCCAUCAGAGCAAAGACCGGGAGAAUCAUAAAUGCAAGAUGGUUCAUUUCUAUAGCUUGUUACGGAGGAAGGCAGACAGCAUUAUGUCUACUAUAUCCUCUCAUGACGGGAAAUAUGUUCCAUUGAUUAGUGAGUUAUUUGGGGAACACUUGUCGACAGUGUUUAAUGAUUUUUCCACCACCUCAGCACAUGUUUUAUAGCAAAGCGUUCAUUAAAUGGUUUAGUAGAAGGAAAAACAGGUCAUACUGAUUAAUGGCAGGUUCAGAAGUGGAGGGUCAAAUGAUAUUGUGACGUGUGACUGCGAGCUGGACGAGGCUCUUUAGAAGAAGAUCAUGAAUAUGACUCAUCUUGGGCAUCAGCUGAUGUUGGGAAUAGAAUCCAGCUUUCAUUACAUUUUCAACAAUGCACUUGCAUUUGAGAGUUCACCUCUCGUUCUUUAUUCCAUUCACCCGUUUUUUUUUUCUUUUUUGCUCACACUCAUGUUUAUUUCUUCUUCUUCUUCUUCUUCUCUUUUCUAUUGGAAAGGAAAUGGGAGGAUAUUAUCGUGUCAUUUUCUCUUUUUUUCUUUUUUUUUGAAUUCCGUAGACAAGUUGUAUUUAUUUUUACCUCUGUUCUUUCCCUUUCAUGUUGAAACUUGGGCUGUUUCCGUGCUUUCAGAAAACAACGCUUUUAUUUAAAGAAAGAAAAAGUCAUAUUGCAGCCCAAUACCUCACACAUCCUGCAAACACAGAUAAUAGAUGAUGAAAACAAGAUAUACCUCAUUUAUUUCAUUUCUAUUAUUUUUAUUGUGAAACCACUUGAAAAUGUUUUUUCAACAAAUCACUGGAUUUUGUUUCUUUUUCUCUUUUUUUUUCUAUUUUGUAUUGUUUUACCAAAGAAGGGAAUAUAUGAUGAACACACAUCUACCUCAUUUGUUAUAGACUGUGCCAACAACAUAAUCACAGCAGCCAGUUUUUAAUCAUAGCCUUUCUGGUCCGAAUUCGCUUUCGCCUGCGUGAUUUGUGCUGCAGAACCAGAGGCUGGACCACACAGGGCUCAACACGGCGUCAGUUGCUUUGCUUGUUCGUUUUUGUCCGUGGCUUUUUUUCUUUACACACAGGGGGGAAGUGAAAUACCAGAAGGAUUCUGUCUCUUCUGAUCUGAUCGAGCUUAUUCUUUACAGUAUCAGUAGAUCUAAAAUACAUCUUAUGAAACAUAUCUCAAGUUAAGCUGCAACCAUGGGCGUUUAGUUCAUUAAAGUGUUUUAGCUUUACGGUUUGCAGCGCUUCCAUUGAUGCCAGUGUUUGAGUCGUCAUUUCUGUUCACAACAUAAUGUGACUUUCAGAAAAUAUAUAACCUAGUCUAAGUUAUAUAAACUAGUCUAAACUUAUAUAUAAAGUCUAGUGGGUUUUGAAUGAGGAGACGUGCUCAGAACAGGACUUAUUUUUACAAAUACCAAAGAUCUGAUGAUAUUCUUGGGUUGGCAAUUUCUGACCCAAUGCUGUCAUUCUUAACUUUUAAUCUCAAGCAGCAGAUUUUUUUUUUUUUUUUUUUUUUAUCCUGCUGCUGCAAUUUUAACUUGAUCUUAAGCACUUGGAUCUAAAUGUUUUUCAAGAAAAAAAAAAGAAAAAUUUUAAAGGCCAAGCUGUAUAUUCAGUAAGUCUCAGCGCACGGAUGGCAAUCGAAGAAUGUAAUAACAAUUUCCAGAGUUUUAGCACAUUAACGAUUAAUCAAAACGAUUAAACCUGACCAUCAUUUUGUUGUAUAGGUGCAAGGAUUAAUGGAGAUAUAUAGUCUAUAUUUAUGUGGAAUUACAGAGGGCACAAUCAAUGCACAAUUGUCUGAUUCCUGUUGUUGGAUGUGAUUUACCUCUUGAUCAGCUUCUAUUUUUUCACAGCAGUGGCACGGUCAAUUCCUUCACAUGGCUGUCUGUUCUCUCUUCAGCUCAUGUCACUAGACUGCAGAGAUUUGAGAGCAAAUCCUGGACGAACUCUCUCUGGAGAAGCAAAAAAACAAAAAAACACGAAUCCGAGUGAAUCCAUAUCCAAAGCUUUUACAAAACUACGUUCACAGGCUUACUGAUGACAAUGUUGGAACAUUUGUUCAUGAAAAGACUAUCAUUUUAAAAAAGAAUCACUCAUGUGCUUAAAGAAUAAUAUGUUGUUUACCUUGUUUAGCUAUGUCAGCGAUGCUAUGCUGGUAGAUUUUAGAUCCUAUUAUACGCUGUGUAUUAAGCUUAUUUUCCUUUUCUUCACUUUGGAUAAAUCCAGUGCAUUAUAGGAAAGCUGGAUUGUGGUGCUCAGGGGUUAAAAAAAAAAAAAAAAGAAGAAAAAAACUGGUGAAAGAUUUUUUUGUUGUUGUUGUUUGUUUGUUUUGCCAUUGACUUGUAGCAUAAUUAGAAAUAAAGUACUGCUUUCCACUUUAA